CUUGUGAGCGGCCAGGCCCACGGCAGUGCAGAUCUGGUUGGAUCUUAGUCGGAGACGCCGCAGCUGAUCAGGCCAGGCGCAGGCAAGCAGUAUGGCCCAGCCGAGGCCAUCGGUAGAGCAGCAGGGGACAUACGUCAACCUGAACACCCCGCGGGACUAUGAUAUCCCGCCCGAGACGGAGGUCAUCAUCUCGGGCUGCUCUGUCACUGCCCUCACUCUGGCCUGCGAGGUAACACACUGAGGCACACAGACGAGAGAAGGGGCGCUGUGUGUUGUGGUUGGGUGCUGUAAAGACUGACUCGCGCAGCACAUUUGUUUGUCGUGUUGUCUUGUGUUGUCUUGCAGCUGAAUCGUCGCGGUGUGGAGUGGGUGAUGCUCAAGAAUGUGCUGCGUCGCGGGCACUGGCAGAGCAUCGGGGGCGUCCGAAACGCCGAGCUGCGUGUCAGCCCCGCCACGAUCGAGGUCAGCGAGAGACAGACAGACAGACCCACUCCACGCGACGCCACCCAACACACGGGAUCUGAAUCAAUACCACGCGAGAAGCAAGACACGCCGUGUGUGUGGAUUGCCGCAGAAUGGAGAGUGCUACGGGAUCCUCGGGGUGACGUCCCGGUCAAUUGAGGUGUUUGAAGGUCAGAGAGCCAUCCAGCCCAAGCCCAGCCAGCUGUCUGUCUGUCUGUCUGUGUGCUGCUGAUCUGGCCGGGUCAUUGAUUAUAUGGAUUGGUAUGUGUGUUAUGUGUGUUGUUUCGUUCAUCAGAUCUGGGAGUGUUGGACGACGUCAAGGAGGCGGGGAUUGAGGAGGUCGGCGAGCGCAUCUUCGUGGACGGCGAGCUGGCGGUGGACUGGCGCUACAAUAUGCAAAAGAUGGACAGCGCACACCCAUUCGCUAUCCUGGUCGAACAGAGUGAAAUCGAAAGGUACAGAGCAGACACACACACCCCAACACACACACAUGUGGGUGGGUGUGUCAGGAUAUUGCUAAAGCACAUUAUCGAUUCUGGCAACGGCCACCGCAUCAAGGGCCCCGUGGACCUCACCGAGAUCUCACAGGACAGCCAGGGCGUCACAGUGCAGUUCCAACCGGUACGUACGGACGCUCUCUCUCUCCACACACACACAGGUGUGGUCGGUUGGUUGGUGUUGUGCAUUGACUGCAUUGAAUUGGAUACGGUGCCUGCAGGUGGUGGGGGACGGCGAGGCCAAGCUCCCGCCCGGCUCCAUCAGGGGCAUGUUCCUGGUGGGCUCCGACGGGUCCAACAGUUUUGUCAGGCGCUCCUGCGGAAUGGGAUGGCCAUUCGUCUGUGUGCGGACUGGUCAGACACACACACACAACACACACAGAGAGAGAGAGAGACCGCUCCGUCUGCGUGCGGUGUGGUGUGUGUGCAGCCAAGUUUGUGAUAGCGGAUGUGUCGAUGGACUGGUCGGUUCCUCCCGACGAGAACAAGGCGAGUCUCUACUUUCGCCGAGGCCGGGCCAUGAUGGUCGUCCGCCUGCGCGGCGAGGGCGACAAGUGGCGGAUUCUUUACAUCCACCACGUCGCUGGCAAAUACGCCGUUCAGGUGAAUCAGUCACGUCACAUGCUUGGUGUAUCCACACACACUCACACACAGCUCUAGUCGUGUGUGUAUCAUUCUGCAGUACUCGCCUGACGGCGACACCAACCAGCCGUCGACGGUGCACCACAUGGAGCACCCCGAGCCUCCACAGGAGGAUGGUGCGUCUGUGGCCGGCAGCCAGUCGAGGGGCCCCGCCCCCGAGUUCUCCGACAGCGGCGGGAUGUUCAGCGGCAUCGUCAACCUCUUUGCGCAGCUCGGCAUCUCGCUAGAGAAGGGCGAGAGCGAGUUUGGCAAGAUCUGCGACAACAACUUUGGCGCCAAGGCCCCCACCAAGGACGACCUCGAAUUCAUGAUCCAGCGGGUAUUUGUGAGUGUGUGUGUGUGUGUGGUGAUUGUGUUUGUUGUGUGAUGUGCAGAUCAUCCCGGUGGCCAAGGUAAUGGAUGUGCACUGGAUGUCGUGGACGCCCGUCAUCUGCUGCUGCGCCGCCAGCUUCCAAAAGGGCCGAGUAUUCAUCGCAGGUACGUCACGAGACGUGACGUGACACCGAAACAAACACACAAAUGCGGCCGGCCGAUCAGCUCAACCAACGCAUAAUCUCCUUGUGGGUUGAUGUUGAUUGAUCAGGCGAUGCGGCCCACAUCCACGCCCCCCUGUUCCAUCAGGGCAUGAACACCGGUAAGUGAAUAAGUCGGGCGGUGGGGUUUGGGGUGUGUUGUGUGCGUGUUGGGCAUGGUGGGUGUGUCGAUGCGCCUGUCCGUCCGUCCGUCGCUCUACCUAUCAGGCAUCCAGGACGCCCACAAUUUGGGUUGGAAGAUAGCUCAGGUGGUGCGGGGCGGGGCCUACCCCGUACUCAUCGACUCAUACAACGGCGAACGACAACCCGUCAACGGUACACACACACGUCCACACGCCGUUUUAUUUCCUCUCGUGUGUGUGUGUGUGUGUGUAAUGAAUGGUUCAGACCACAUUCGUCUGAUCACGAGCCUGCCGGGACAGCAAGUGGCCAGAGGAAGUGAGCACACACACAUCCGUCCGUCGGCCGUCCGUGUGCCGUUGAUGGAUCGAUCAACGGUAUGUAUGCGUGCAGAUCAGUGGGUGAGUUGGGCCUUCAAGACUUUGGUGCCCUAUGUGCUCAACGAGUCCGGCACCGGAUGGGUCAACGGCCUCAUGACGCAGAAACUCAGCCAAAUCAGAGUCAGAUACCCAACCAACACGUAAGCAAUGAGAUGUUACUCACACACGCACCCACCCCACCAACGUAGCCCACCACAUGUGCUGUGCUGCGUGGCAUGCAGUCUGGCGACGGGUCGUGCCAACAUCCGUGGCGGCCUGCAGCCCGGCCAGCGCAUCCCGGACGGUAUGAUGGCCAAACUGGACCGAUCUGACAGACUCACCUUUGUCAGACUCCACGAAGUAAGCCAUGCCUCCCACCCACACGGGCAGAUCCAUGCGCCAAUCUCCCCCCCCCUCUCCCUCUCUCUCUCUCUCUCUGUGUGUGUGUGUGUGUGUGUGUCUCUCUCUCUCUGUGUGUGUGUAUAGGUGACGGCCGGCAAGCACUUCACGCUGGUGUUCACGAUCCGGCUGCCCAACACGACAGGCAAGGCGGUGAGUGCGGGUCCUAGCGUGGCCGGCAGCAGCGACAUCGGCAGCAGCGAUCCCGGCACCCCCCGCAGCGAGCGCAGCGUGUCCAUGGCCAGCGACAUCAGCAGCACACCCAGCAGCAUCAUGACCUCCGUCUCAGGGCUCGUCAGCAGACACAGCAGCGACGACAGGAGUGUCGCGGGCGUCAUCGAGGACCUCAUCAAGAGCGCCCUCGAGCCGUUCUUCCCCGGCAUCGCCGAGAAGACCCUCAUCGAUGAGAACAGUACGCCAACCGCACACGCAGAGAGAGAGAGAGAGAGAUGGAUGGAUGGUGUGUGUGUGUGUGUGGUGGUGUCAGUGCUGGUGCAAGGUUUGAUCCGCAACGCGGUUUCCCUUGCCGUGGACACCAUGAAGCGCCUGGGCGUGGCGUCAUCCACUGUGUGGGGCGGCCUGCGGGUGAUCCUGGCCUUCACGGCUGGCAAGGCCACCAUGCAGCCCCUCCUGCCGACCAUCAAGGAGCCCUUCACCACCUCAUCCGACCACAGCAGCGGCCACGAGCGCCACUCCAGCCCCACCACCGCCACACACACAGUCUCGCCGGACGCCGCUGUUGGUCUUCACGCUGUGCAUGGGCACGGUGGCAGCCCCGAGCACCACUCAUCACAGCAGCAGCAGCAGCACCAUGAGGAGGUGUCUUCCGGUUCUCGUGUGGGCGUGAGUGUGCUGCCUCUGCCAUCGAGGCGGCAUGAGAGCACUUUGACGGACACGACGGGCAAGAAAUCGUCCACCGAGGUGUUUGUCGACUUCAUUGAGCAGUGCUUCAAAGACGCAAGCGCGUGAGUGAGGGGUGGGGGCCGGAUGGAAAUGGAUGCGCCUUCCUUGAUGUGAUGCGUCUUGUGGUGUGUGCAUGUGACAUGUGCAGUGGUGAGAUUGGGUUUGAAGAGUCCGACAUCUGGGUCACAUGGGACAGCGAGGGAGAGGUACGAAUCCCCUACUACACCGCCCUUCCCACCCCCCUUUGCCCAUUCCACCACGCGCGCGUGCGCCUCUUAUCUGUCUGUCUGUCUGUCUAUCUCUCUGCGUGUCUGUCUGCAGUUGGCGCAGCGUCUUCGGUACCGCCUCAACCCCCGGCCGCCGGCCUUCUCGUUCAGCCGCGGGAUGGGUGUGGUGCACGAGGAGGGCAGCGACUUCACCGGGUACACCUCUGAUCUCUCGGUCGUCGACGAGAUGUCAGAGUCUACUGCGCCCUCGUCCAUCGCGUCCGCCGGCCAGAAGGUCGGCAGGCGAUACGGCGCCUUCACGCUCGUCAGGCCCGACGGACACGUCAGCCACAACGGUACGGUGGACCUCACACACACACACAAACAGACAGACAGACAGACAGACCCCUUCAACACAAAGCACAAUUGUAUAGUCCGUCUGUGUGUGUGUGUGUCAGGUUACCUGUCCGACAAGUCUGCCCGUGAGGAGAUGACCGAGUUUGUGUACCGCUAUCUGGAGCGCAAGACGCCCGUGACAUCGCAGGACUACAGCACGCCGCCGCAGAAGCCGCGCAGCAAGAAGGGGUCCCGCAAGGGCAAGUCGCCGCGGUCCGACCUGUCCAAGAGCUCCAGGGGCUCCCAGGGCUCAUCCGGGUCGGCCGAGGCCUCGUCCAGUGCACGGGCAUGAUUGUGGCCGGGCUGUCGUGCUGUGUCAGUGGGAUUGUUUAUUUGGCUGUCUCGUUUUGUGUUCCAUUGUGUGUGUAUGUUUUAUACGUAUGACGGACGCUUGUGUGUGAGAGGUGGGGUGGGGUGGGGAGCGACGCGAGGGGGGUGGGGGGCGAGGGAGGGCUAUAGGGGUACCUACCUACAGCAGUAGUAGUCUUUUUCUGGUCAAUCGAUUGGUGCAUGUUUGGGUGCAGGCGGUGAGCUAUGCAUAUGAUGUUGUUUGUUUUAUAUCGCUAGUGCCUCUCUGUCUGUCUGUCUGUCUUGGUUUUGACAAGUGAGUCGCCGGGAGAGCGGAAGAAAGUGCUGCCGUAUUUUGUGAGCAGCCAAGUACUCAUGGGGCUGCCUGUCUGUCUGUCUGUCUUACGCACAUGACGUCAUUUUUUACUUAUACAGCAGUCGGUAGCUCAGUCGGUGGCUCGGUGGAUGGUGAGUACAGCCAGCCAUGAAAGUGCCUGUGAGCGUGUGCAGAGGCACCGCACCGCUCCCCACCCCAACUUUAGUUAAGGUGUCCAGAGAAGUGAAGCCCUCCCCACUGCGUGUAAUUCGUGUAUAUGUGUGUGUCUGUGUAUGUGUAUGUGUAGGUGUGUCUGAGAACAACAGAGAGAGACGCCGGUCAGUCAGUCAGUCAGUCCUCCUUUCUUGUCUGCCAGCUGCUGUCUGCCACCUGAGGAAUGUGCCUCCCGCGUAUCUGUCAGUUUUUCAUAGUUCCUUUUCUUGCUGCCUGUCUGUCUGGCUGUCUGCUAUUCUACGUGGUGGCGGUUUGCUGUCCAUGCUGGAUGGAUGAUGUGUAAUGCCAUGCGUUGCUACAGACGUGAUAAACGUCUUGCGUGCCGUGCGUGCGUGUGUGUGUAGGUGUGUGUGAGUGGAUGGCUACAUGGAAGAGAGAGGCGGAGAGAGUGCAGAUUCCCGCCACUGCUGCCAGUGAGCGCCGUGUUUGUUUUCUGCCAUCAUUUUGCCGUGCUGCCGCCCGCCUCUCGUCGCUCUCGUCUCUUUGAGUCGUUCUCGUCGACGGUCAUCUGAACGGAGUGCAGCACUCCCCUUCGGACGAGCGUCAAGGAGGUCGACAGAAGAGGCGAGAGGAACAGAGAGAGGCGGCAAGUGGAGAGGAUCAGUCAGCCUGACAGGCAGCCAGCCUGACAGAGUAUCAGCCAGCCUGACAGAGUAUCGUUUUGUCUUUGUUGUGUGCUCUCGUCUCUGCCGGGUCUUCCUUUCCCUCCAGUUGCUUCGUGAGCUCCGUUUCGUUACGCGCAGGCGAAAGGAGCUCCUCAAGGACUCGGUGGCAAGGAUGGAUGACUCGGAACGGACACGUCGCGGUACGAUUGUUUGAUUGCUGCAUAAAUGAGCCGACGGGAAUGGGUGAGCUAUCUUAUCAAUGUGUCGAUGGUC